AUGUCCUCUGCUCAAGAUUCCGCCACCAAGAUCUCUAUCGAUAGAUUCAAUGGAGACAACUACGCGACGUGGAGCCGCUACAUGCGUGGCGUGUUCCUGACCAAGUCGAGGUGGCACGUGGUCAACCGGGAGACCACCCCCACCUUCGCCGAUCCUCGCGCCAGUGAUGAGUACGUCAAGACGAACAACAUUGCGUUCGGCUUGAUGUUACUUCACAUGAGCGCGGACUAUUAUCACGUGGUUGAUGACUGCGACGAGGCAUGGGUUGCGUGGACACGGUUGAAGACUCUCUACGGCGGAUCUCAGAAGGCUGGGCACAUCUGCUUGAAGCGCCAGCUCUUCAGUAUGGAGAUGACAGAAGGCGGCAAUGUGUUGCAUCAUUGCAAUGAGGUCCUCAACAUCAGCGCCAAGCUCAGCACCAUCGGCGCCAAGAUGGAGGAUGAGGACGUGGCGAUCUGCUUGUUGUGCAGCCUCCCCAAGAGCUACGAGAACGUCGUGCUGAACUUGGAGAUGAGCAGCGCGGAACUGCGGACGCAAGACGUCGUGAAAGUGCUGACGAAUGAGCACAUCAAGAGGCAAGGGAAAAAGACGACAUCGGUGAAAACUGAAGAAGCGACCAAGGCCUUCAGUACCGAGCGUGAGGUUCGUCAGUGUACGUUCUGCGGAAAAUUGGGGCACACGGUGGAAAAGUGCUGGACCAAGCAGAAGAAAGACAAUCGGGGAGCUCGACGCGGCGGCAAUGCACGUGGACGCGGAGCGAAUCAAGUUCAGUGGCAAGGCUACAACGGCAACAGCAACUGUGACUAUGAUCGAGUGGCGUUUGCUGUUUCGCUGGAAUGCGGACUUUCAACGACCAAGAGCAUGUCUGGAAUGUGGGCGAUUGAUAGCGGUGCAACACAUCACAUCUGCUAUGACAAGUCCAAGUUCGAAUUUCUGGACGAGCGCAAUGAAGGCGAAGUGUUGGUUGCAGAUGGGAACAAGGCUGCGAUCAACGGUGUCGGGACAAUCAUCGAAAAGGUGACCCUGUCCAACGGUGAAGCGCGCGAAGUCGAGAUCAAGAACGCGCUUUACGUCCCAAGCAUGAACAAAAACUUGCUUUCGAUACCACAAAUCAACAAAAGCGGCAAGUUUCAAGUGGUGUUUGAUGGUGACGAGAUGAAGAUUUCGCACAAAGGCUCCAAGCAAGUAAUAGCGAUGGCCGAUCUUGUGGAUGGCCUCUACUGGCUUCGUACAUACCAACGAUCGGUGAAUGCGGCUUCAGGACCAAGAGUCGAAAACCUUCAUGCGCGUAUGGACCACGCACCGAUUGAUGUCUUGUGCAGAAUGGUCUCCAAGGGCAUGAUCAAGGAUGCCAAGAAGCCAGCAAAAUUGAGCGGAUCAAGCGUGUGUCAAGGUUGUCUAGAAGGAAAAAUGGUUCAACGACCGUUCCCGAGCAAUCCAAACAAGCGCCACUACGAUCCGUUUGAGCUUCUACACAUCGACACUUGUGGUCCAAUGGAAGUCGACUCGCUAGGUGGAAGCAAGUGCUUGCUACUGAUCGUCGAUGAAGGCAGCGGAUGUAUGAAGGGUUUCAGUCUGCGCGCCAAGUCCGACAGCGAAGAGUGCAUCAAGAAGUACAUCAUGGCAGUACAGACGCAGUUUGACUACAAGGUCAAGUUCGUUCGACACGAUGGUGCACGAGAAUUUGCGGCGAGUUCGCUCAAGGCAUUUUACAAUGAUCAAGGAAUCGAGCAGCAAGUUACCGUUCCGUAUGCGCAUCAGACCAACGGCACGGCGGAACGGGCAAUUCGGACUAUUGUGACGAUCGGGCGCAGCAUGCUUCACUACGCCAAGCUGGACAAGUGUUUUUGGGCUGAAGCAGCAAUGACGGCAAUCUACAUCAAGAAUCGCCUACCAUCGCCCAAGUGCCAAGAUCAAACCCCGUUCGAGAUCGUCAACGGAUUUCGACCAAGUGUGAAGCACAUGCGGGUUUUCGGCUGCCGAACGUUUGUGCUGACCCCUAAGGAAAAGAGAUCGAAAUGUAUUGUGGGUUGA